UAUUUAAUGCUUCACUUGUUUUCACUCAACCCUAGCCGCCGCACACCCCCCAAUCUCUCAUCUGCCCCCACUCACCACUCUAACGUGCCUCACUAUCGUGCCCCACUCCUUCUAAUUUUUUGUCCGCUCUUCCUCUUCCCUUCCCCAUUCCUCUCCAACAGAUACAGAUCUCUGAAGAAUAACACACCAAGUUUUUUAUUUGAAUAUAUAUACAUUCAUGUCUCCCACAUUGUGUUCUGGAUUUCGAGUUUUUUGUUAAUUACGUUCUCAUCAGCCAACAAAAACAAUGAGGGAGGUUGUGAUUGUUGCCAUUGCUGCCACAGUUGGGAAUCUUCUGGUUGGAUGGGAUAGUUCAACCAUUGCAGCGGGAAUGACGUACAUAAAAAAAGAGUUCAAGCUGGAGACUAACCCCACACUAGAAGGGCUGAUUAUGUCGACAUCAUUUAUCACUGGCACCGUUGUUACAAUAUUCUCUGGGACAGUCUCUGACAUGCUUGGAAGGCGUCCUAUGCUGAUAGCAUCAUCGAUCAUGUUUUUCUUCAGCGGUUUGGUGAUGCUAUGGGCCCCCAAUGUUACUGUGGUUCUGUUGUCCAGGCUAUUGGAUGGAAUAGCCCUUGCACUCGCAUUAACACUCACUCCUCUCUACAUAUCAGAGAUAGCACCACCCGACAUCAGAGGCACUCUCAACACUCUCCCACAGUUUUCCUGCUCCUCGGGAAUGUUUCUGGCCUACAUCAUGGUCUUCUCAUUGUCCUUGGUCGAUUCCCCAAGUUGGAGAGCAAUGCUCGCUGUUGUGUCUAUUCCUUCUGUUGUUUACUUUCUUCUAGCCGUCUUUUAUCUCCCUGAAUCUCCUCCUUGGCUUGUCAGUAAAGGGAGAGUCACCGAGGCUAAGAAAGUUCUGCAAAGACUUCGCAGCAAUGAAGACGUUUCAGGGGAACUGGCUCUGCUGGCUGAGGGAAUGAGUCCAGCGGGUGAAAAUGCCACUAUGGAAGAGUACAUAGUAACCCCUGCCAGUGACCUAAUGGCCAACAAGGAAGCAGGGAGAGACUGCAUAAAGCUCUAUGGACCUAACCAGGGAGGAGUUUCAAUGGUUGCCCAACAGGUGAGUGGACAAAGCAGCAUGGUAUCUCGGAGCACGCUAACGUUGUCUCGCCAUGGAAGCAUUGUUGCUCAGGCUGAAAAUCUGAAAGACCCUCUAGUCAAUCUCUUCGGGAGCAUCCAUGAUAUCAAUCCCCCGACCCUUGAUUCUGGUGGUUCAAGAGCCAUGCUAAUGGGAGGAGACACGCUUCACAGCAAUGAAAAUUUGAAUGCUCCGUUGCUUUCAGCACAAGGCAGUGGUGUGGAGAGGGACAAGGGUUUUGGAUCGAAGGAUGCAUUAGGAACAGGGAAUAACGAUGCCAACCAACUACCUAAGAGCAGCGACAUUGGUGGAGGUUGGAAAUUGGUUUAUAAAUCAGGCGAUGGUGGAAGAAAGGAAAAGGGGCUCCAAAGGGUUUACCUGCGUGCAGAUCCUAAUGCUGGAUCCACUCAAGGUUCAUUUUAUGAUGGCUAUGACAUGAAUGCAGAACCCAGCGAGUCUUUUCAGGCAGCUGCACUUGUCAGCCACUCAGUUCUCUGCCCUAAGAAUAUAAACAUGAGACCAGAAAAUGCUGGCAAACGCACAGGUUUUGGUGGUUUGUCUGAUAUAGGAGUUAAGCGUGCAUUAGGUGUUGGAAUUGGACUACAAGUUCUUCAGCAGGCUGCUGGCAUAAAUGGAUUUCUAUACUAUGCUCCACAGAUUCUUGAUCAGGCUGGUGUUGGAGCUCUUCUGUCACAUUUCGGUAUUAGUUCAACAUCUGCUUCUUUACUCGUAAAUAUCGUUACAACAUUUGCAAUGCUUCCUUGUAUUUCCCUUUCCAUGAGGCUCAUGGAUGUUGCUGGCAGGAGGGCAAUAAUGUUAUACACAAUACCUAUUCUGAUAGUGUCUCUGAUGGUACUAAUACUCCGGAACCUGUUUAACAUGAGUGCUAACGCGAAUGCAAUAGUGACUGCAUUGAGUGUGAUGGUAUACGAAAGCUGCUUCUGCAUGGGAUUGGGUGCGAUUCCCAACAUCGUGUGUUCAGAAAUCUUUCCAACAAGUGUUCGUGGGAUAUGCAUUUCUAUUUGCUCCCUUACGUUCUGGAUCAGCAUCUUGAUAGUGACUUCUUCAUUUCCCUUCUUGCUCCAAAUCCUUGGGCUUUCCGGGGUCAUUGGAUUAUUCGUACUUGGGUGCAUCGGUGCGUGGAUAUUUGUCUACUUGAAAGUUCCUGAAACAAAGGGCAUGCCUUUAGAAGUCAUCAUUGAUUUCUUUGCUAUUGGUGCAAGGCCUGAAUGAAACUCACCAUAGGAACCAAAGCCUGAGUUCAUCAUACACUCAAAUACUUGUCUUUACAUAUCAUGGAAAGAAAUAUUUUUUGAAGUAGUUGUUUUCCAUUCCCUUCCCACAAUUCUUUAACUGUUCGAUGAGAACAUGUUACACUUUGUAGCUCACAUGAUUCAAAUUUUCUUUUAAAAGUUUUAA